AUGGUGGCCCCGGCCUCUGCCGUGAUGGCCGGGCAACCGACUCGAUCUUCUAGCACCCACCCAUCGCAUUCCCACAACGUACCUUUGAGUGCCCGCAGAUCGGCGCCAUUGGACUUGUCGACCGUCGAACGCCGCGGACAACCUAGCGCUCCCCGAGAGCCAUCGAAGCGCGUCCGCCCUCAUGGCAUCCCCGAAGCCCCAACGUUCCGUCCUACCGAGGAGGAAUUCAAGGACCCGGUAGCAUACAUCCAAAAGAUUGCCCCCGAGGGCAAGAAAUACGGGAUCUGUCGAGUGGUUCCGCCCGAAAACUGGCAACCAACCUUUGCGAUUGACACCGAGGAGCUCAACUCAGUCGAAGGAGGUAUGGCCCCGUGUUCAGCUGAUCUUGCUGCCGGUGGAACCACUCCGCAGCACAGUUCUGACCCUAACUUGAAUCCAGGAAACCGCGCAAACAUGAACUAUGUCGAUCAACUCGCCAUGUUUCACAAACAGCACGGGACGAACUACAGCCGUUUACCGAGCGUCGACAAGCGUCCUCUGGACCUCUACAAGCUCAAAAAGGCUGUUGAGACCCGCGGCGGCUUCGAGCAAGUUUGCAAAACCAAGAAAUGGGCGGAAAUCGGUCGCGAUCUCGGAUACAGCGGCAAGAUCAUGUCUUCAUUGUCGACCUCGCUCAAGAACUCCUACCAGCGCUACCUGCAGCCCUACGAAGAAUACCUGGCUCGUGCAAAGCCCGGCGUUCAGCAGCAGCUGGAGCUGGAGCACGGUGGCCCAUUUACUCCGUCCCCUCGCCAAUCCCCCAUGGCCAAAAAGCCUGCAUUAGAUGAGACCAGCACGCCUUCCAAAACACGCGAUGGAACCCCGAUCACAUUGGCCCCGAUGGCCUCAGCAACCCCGAUGGAGAAGUCACCUGAGAAGCCAACACCACCGGUGGAGUCAACGCCUCCUCCCCGUCCGGCGUCCGGUUUCACCCCGGUCAAUGCUGCCGCCGGCGGGUUUACAGCAGUGAAUCACUCGCCUUCCUUUGCUUCUGUGAACAAUGGCCCGACGAUCAAGCACGAGGGGGAGAAUGGGGUAUCGACCCCCAAGAGUGUUACUGAGCAUCCUCCUGUCAACUCAACGCCCGUGAAUGGCCAGUCGGGAUCAUCUGUGAAGCGCGCCAUCAGCCACGAUAGCAAUUCCCAAACCGAGAAUGGCGAUGAUGGAGGCAGUGGACGACGAAAUUCUCUACCGACAGUCGCAGGUUCUCACAUGUCCCUCCUUCGUCCAGCGCCGCCUAAGGCGCGCAAAGAAGGGAUCCAAAACACAGGAGAGAAAUGCGAGUCUUGCGGCAAAUCAGACAACCGUUCUUCGAUCCUGGUGUGUGACAGCUGCGAGCUUGGAUAUCAUAAAACUUGCCUGGACCCUUCUACGACGACAGCGACCGAGCACGACUGGCACUGUCCUAAAUGUUUGGUGGGCACCGGGGAGUUCGGGUUCGAAGAUGGCGGCGUUUACUCUCUGAAGCAAUUCCAAGAGAAGGCCAAUGAUUUCAGGAAGAAGUAUUUUGCUUCCAAAAUGCCGUUCGAUCCCGUUCUCAACACGCACCGACGUGAGACCGAGGAUGAUGUGGAGGCCGAGUUCUGGAAACUCGUUGUGGACCUGCAUGAGACCGUGGAGGUGGAAUAUGGUGCAGACAUCCAUUCAACCACACAUGGCAGUGGAUUUCCCACGAUUGAGCGCAAUCCGCUUGACCCUUACUCGUCUGAUCCCUGGAACUUGAAUGUUCUUCCGUUCUAUGGCGACUCGUUAUUCCGGCACAUUAAGUCUGAUGUGUCUGGGAUGACGGUGCCCUGGGUGUACGUGGGAAUGUGUUUCUCCACCUUUUGCUGGCACAACGAGGACCAUUACGCCUACUCAGCCAACUACCAACAUUUCGGCGCCACCAAAACCUGGUAUGGCAUUCCUGGUGCUGACGCAGAAGCAUUUGAAAGAGCUAUGCGGGAGGCAGUUCCAGAACUUUUCGAGGGGCAGCCAGAUCUUCUUUUCCAACUUGUUACUCUGAUGCCUCCAGAUAAGCUCAGAAAAGCCGGUGUGAACGUCUACGCGGUGGAUCAGCGAGCUGGCCAAUUUGUCCUCACGUUCCCUCAAGCAUAUCAUGCUGGCUUCAACCAUGGCUUCAAUUUCAACGAGGCUGUCAACUUUGCUCCGGCGGACUGGGAACCAUGGGGUGCAAUGGGAGUUGAACGCCUGCAAGCCUUCCGUCGGCACCCAUGCUUCUCCCACGAUGAGCUUCUUCUUACGGCAGCCGCUCGCGAUACCUCAAUCACGACUGCCAAGUGGUUAGCACCAGCGCUCGAGCGUACCUGCAACCGGGAGCUGAGCGAUCGAGCAAUGUUCCUAAACCGACAUCGAGAGUUUUCCUCUCAUAACUCUAGUCUCGCCCCUAAUUCUGCGCCAGGCGAUCACCAGCUGAAAUUCGUAGUCGAGGAGGAAGACCUCCCCGAAGAUGAUUAUCAGUGCCAGCAUUGCAAGACUUACACUUACCUCACCCAGUUCCGCUGCCACCAGUCGGCCAAGACCGUCUGCUUAUGGCAUGUGGAGAACUAUGACUGCUGCGGUGAAUCAUUUCCACAGAAGUUGCUGGGAUCGGGACAUACCCUGCGGUAUCGUGUCGAUGAUGAUGCGUUGAAAGCGCUGGUGCAGAAAGUUCAGGAACGAGCCAAGAUCCCGGAAGCAUGGGGGGAAAAGCUCGACAAGACCCUGGAAGACGAGCCCAAGCCCCAGCUGAAGGCCCUUCAUAACUUGCUCAGUGAAGGUGAGAAAAUCCCAUACCACCUGCCUGGCCUCCAAGAUCUUGCGGCCUUCGUCCAGCGUUGCGAUAAAUGGGUUGAGGAAGCCAACAACUACAUUACCCGGAAACAGCAGAACCGGAGAAAAAACGAGAAGGCAUGGCGCAAGGCCAGUUCCAAGGCGGCGGCGCAGCUGGACGAUCGCGAUCGUGAAGUCCGCAGAGUUGAAAACAUCUACGCCCUUCUGGCAGAGGCUGAUAAACUUUCCUUCGACUGUCCACAGAUGGCGGCUCUGGAAGAGAAAACCCGCGAGAUCGAGAAAUUCCGCCAGGAUAUUAACGGAGCCCUGAUGAACCCGCAUGUGCGAUCGAUCCAGGAGAUUGAAGAACUGAUUGAGUCCGGCCGAAAUUUCAACGUGGAAAUUCCAGAACUGGAACACCUGGAACAAAUUACGCGCCAACUGAAAUGGAACGAGGAGGCUGCUCGCAAACGGGAUCAGUACCUCGCCCUUCAGGACUGCAAGGAAUUUGUUUCCACCGCGGAGCGGCUGGGCCUUUCGGAUAGCAACGAGCACUUUGUUCAUUUCAAAGAACUCUGUCGCCAUGGUGAAUCAUGGGAAGCCAAGGCCAAGGAGUUGAUGUCGGUCGAGGCGGUUCACUACCAACAACUGGAGGCGCUUUCCGCUCAAGCCUCUCGCUUUCCUGUCUCACCCGAGACGCUUACCGCUGUGGAUGCCAUCUUGAACAAGCAACGGGAGGCACAGAAGCGUAUUCAGACACUCUGUGAACAGACCAAGGAUCCUGAAAUGAGGAAUCGACCCAAAUAUAAGGAUGUCCGAGAGCUCACCGAGUCCCUGGAGCAAUUGAACAGUCGUCCUGUCGGGGCAAUCGAUCUGGAGCGGGAACAAAAACGCCAUGAGGACUGGAUGCGAAAGGGAAAGAAACUAUUUGGCAAGGCCAACGCGCCCUUGCAUAUCCUGAAAUCUCACAUGGAGUAUGUUGAAAAGAGGAACUCGUAUUGUUUCGACCUGGAGGACAGUUACCGACCUCCUGUGGAACCUUCCUCACGUGACAAUACCCCAGAUGGGUUACUCGAGCCCCCCAGCACCAAUGUAUGGGGUCCGAAGUCACGCAAGCGGGAUGUCUUUUGUCUUUGCCGACACUCGGAAGCGGGCAUGAUGAUUGAAUGUGAAGUCUGUCAUGAGUGGUACCAUGGGAAAUGCUUAAAGAUCGCCCGGGGUAAGGUAAAGGAGUUUGACAAGUACACCUGUCCCAUCUGCGAUUGGCGACAGAAGAUCCCUCGUGACGCUGCUCGUCCCAAGCUCGAGGAUCUUCAGGACUGGCAAGCCGAAAUUCCCGGAUUGCCUUUCCAGCCCGACGAGGAAGAGGUUUUGGACAGUAUCGUCAACCAGGCAACUGCCUUCCGCGAUUUCUUGCAGGGCUUCACAAACGCCGCGUGCACAACCACUGAGGAAGUGCCUACUUUGAUAUUCUAUCUGCGCAAAAUCGAAGGCGCCGAGGUUCUUUUGACAUACGAGACGAAUUUCUUCCGACAAGAGAUCCAUAAAUGGGCGCCCGUGGCACCAGAGCCGCCGCCCAUCUUGGAACAGUCUCUGUCGACUCGGAAGCCACGGCCUACCAAGCAGCAGAAGAUCAUGGCCCAAUUCGGCGUCGACCGUCCUGAGGAUCUCCCGGAGCAUCUUCGCGCGAAGCUUGCCAAUCCAGCGAAGCGGAAAUCGGUCGAUACCCAAGCAACCCAGCCUGUAGCCCUGCAGCCGGCCCCGGCUUCCUCUACUUCAAACAGCAAUCCGCCUCCUCCGACCACUGGGCCGACGCUCACACCCAUGACAGAGCCCAACAAUACACCGUACCCGUUUUCUGCCAACUACUCUUUGCCUGUGAGCGAUUCUACACCAGCCCUUCCACCAGGCUCUUCCUCCGCAUUCCUCCCCCAUGCAGCCGCCUCUCAAUCCCCGUCAUUCCUUCCUCGAUCUCCAACCCCCAACCAGGGUAUGGAUUCGUCACUCUUCAGUCCACCGCGCUUCGGCCCGGACCCUCAAUUCGCAAGCAGUAGUCCUCGUCAAAACUUGGAUGACGUGUUUGCGGAUCUGACAAAUCAGGACGUUGAACAAGAACCCGAGGCAGAGCCUAUCGAGAACACUCAUGCAAACGAGGCACUUGAGGCCCUUGAUGUCAGCAACGGCAGCAGUCGCGCUGGGUCUGUUCAUGAGGAUCCUGCUCCAAGCGGCGAGGUCCAAGAUGCAGCAGCGCCCCCAGCCCCAAAAAUCGAACCCCUAGAGGAAGAGCUCUAA